AUGGACAUGUGUGCAAAGAAUGUGUCGGACCGAAACAAGUUGGCUCAAAAGUGGACGAGCGAAGGUCGGGUGGUGACACCGUACGCUGCUGAAAUCAUGGACGUUGAAAAGUUGAGGGCGCCAAGCUAUGAAGUCAUCAACUCCAGUGUGGAUGUGUUCUUUGUAUUCCAUCCUGGUGGUGAGCACAAAGUCAUGUUCAUGCUGACAGUGAUCAAACUGGUUUAUGGACCGCAUGUUCAUGAGUAUAAAUCAAUAGCCGCUGAGUCAUACCGCUCGGUGGCUGUCGCGCUCGGUAUUGUGUCGUAG